CUCCGCCACGGGCUUGGGGCGGGGCCUUCCUGCCACCUUCGCCGCUCCAACAUGGCUCCGCGGCUGUGCAGCAUCUCUGCGGCGGCGCGGCGGUGGCUGGGGGGCCCCGGGCCCCGCUCCGGGGACGUUGCAGCUGCGGCGCGUUUCUAUUCGAAGGACAAUGAAGGCAGCUGGUUCCGCUCCCUCUUUGUCCACAAGGUGGAUCCCCGGAAAGAUGCCCACUCCACGCUGCUAUCUAAGAAGGAGACCAGCAACCUCUACAAGAUCCAGUUUCACAGCGUGAAGCCUGAGUGUCUGGACGCCUACAACAGCCUGACGGAGGCUGUGCUGCCCAAGCUGCACCUGGAUGAGGACUACCCCUGCUCGCUCGUGGGCAACUGGAACACAUGGUACGGGGAGCAGGACCAGGCAGUGCACCUGUGGCGAUUCUCGGGCGGCUACCCAGCCCUCAUGGACUGCAUGAACAAGCUCAAAAACAACAAGGAGUACCUGGAGUUCCGAAAGGAGCGGAGCCAGAUGCUGCUAUCUAGGAGAAACCAGUUGCUCCUCGAGUUCAGCUUCUGGAACGAGCCCCUGCCCAGAGCGGGCCCCAACAUCUAUGAGCUGAGGACAUACAAGCUCAAGCCAGGAACCAUGAUCGAGUGGGGGAACAACUGGGCUCGAGCCAUCAAGUACCGGCAGGAGAACCAAGAGGCAGUGGGUGGCUUCUUCUCGCAGAUAGGAGAGCUCUACAUUGUGCAUCAUCUCUGGGCCUAUAAGGACCUGCAGUCUCGGGAGGAGACUCGAAACGCUGCCUGGAGGAAGAGAGGCUGGGACGAAAAUGUCUACUACACAGUCCCCCUGGUGCGACACAUGGAGUCUCGGAUCAUGAUCCCCUUGAAGAUCUCUCCUCUCCAGUGAUGCUGCUGACACCUCCACCUCCUUCCCCUGCUCCCUCAGGGCAACCCCAGAGGAGCUCCUGGUCCUGCUGUCUGGGUUUACUCUUGGCUCUUGGGAGGACUGAGGGGCAGUGUUCAGCUCAGACAAGGGGGGAACUGAAGGCUGACAAGGUUCUGAGGACAUAUACCUCUGCCCAGACCCUUCCUGCUUUCCCCACCUGCCUCCUUCCCCCUGCUGGAAGUAGUUUCUAAUUUCCCUGAAUGAAGAAUAGCAAUCUUUUAGGCCUUCUUUAUCUUCUCCUAAGAUUCUUCAUCUCAAGGCCACCAGGCCCCAAUAAUCAUCAUGGAAAUCCUCGGUUUAGCUUAGUUGCACAAAAGGUAGCAUGUCCAGUGGUUGGAGGUGGCCUGGGAAGAAAGGGGGUCAGGCUAGGCCCUUGGGGAUUCCCUGAUCUAAACUGGGCCACCCACUUGAUGGACAGUCUGAGCCAAGUCCCUCCUACCGAGGAAAAGCCAGGAACUGCCACAGAAACCCCUCAAAUCAGCAAGGUCCAGAGGAGGUCUGGACAUUCUACCCAGAGAGGCUGGGAAAAGGGAUGGGAGCCAGGAAGGAUUUAGGCAGGAGACAGACAUGUAACAGGAUCCCAGAACACAGAACUCAGAAUUUAGAACUUGAACUGCAGAAUUUGGAAUUUGGAACACAGAAUUGGGAAGAUAGAACACAGGUGACAGAAUACCACUGGGGUAUACUAAAUAGAUGGAGAGUGGCUUGUCCGUUUCUCCCUACAUAUAGGAGUUGAGAACUUGAAUGUGUAGUUUAGUCCUGUGCAGGGAAUCUCUCCUGCCCCCCACAUCCUGCAUUCCUUCUCCCCCACUUGACGUUCUGUGAGCCCAACCCUCAUUCUACAGGGCCACCAGGUAUGUGGAGUGGAGUCGUGACUCGGGGGAGGGGGGGGCUCUUCUCAGUGACCCCCAUACCUCAUGAACCUUUGGGUAGCUUGAUUCUGCCUCCCUUCCAAGAAAACUUGUGCUGGAAUUGCUGAUGGAACCGAUUAAAUAUUUACUAUAAA